UCCCCGCUGAAAAAGUUGCCCACACCACUUUUCGUCCCGCAUUCUCCCCACCACGACACACAUUUUGAACGGCAAAUUCUUUACACAUUAAGAUGCCGAAAACACCCAAAUCGCCUGCUGUGCGCGAGAAGCCGCGUCACAAUCCUUUGUCUGAGGAAUACGCGCCUUCGGAAGCAUUUCUCGAGCAAGCGCAGCCCUCCAAACGACAGAAGCGCUCUAAGAAAGGCGGAAAUGAAGAAGAUGGCCCGGGAUUUGUUGACAGCAAGAGUUCAAGAAAGAUUCUUGAGAUUGGCAGGGAGCUGGCAGAGGAGGCCGAUAAUGAGAACCAAAUUCAAAGACCACCAACCGCGAACCCCGCUUUCGACUUUCAAUCACGACUUGGAGAGGACGAUAACUUGGACGAGCCUAUCGCACAACACGACGAUGACGAAGCAUGGGGGGACGAAGACGAGGAGGUCGAAGAGGUUGAGAUCGAUCCCGAAGAUCUUGCUACCUUCAACAAGUUCAUUCCGACCGACGAUAACCCUAUCGUGUGGCCUGGGGAAGAGGCGCAAUCCUCUGGAGGCGGAUCCACUGAUCUCGCAGCCUUGAUCCUACAGAGGAUCGCAGAGCAUGAAGCAACAGCUCCUGAAAAGCGCGAGAUCAUCGGCGGUGGUGAUCCUGAAGAUGCCGUGGAGUUACCAGCAAAGGUCGUCGAAGUGUAUACCAAGGUCGGUAUGAUACUAUCGCGGUACAAAGCUGGGAAGCUUCCGAAGCCAUUCAAAAUACUACCCACAAUACCCGCGUGGGAGACUCUGGUUGCUGUCACAAGACCUGAUCAAUGGACGCCCAACUCCACUUACGCCGCUACUCGCCUUUUCAUAUCGUCUAAACCUUAUAUCGCCCAGCAAUUUCUCAAUAGUGUACUGCUCCCCGCUGUCCAAGACAACAUCCGAGAAACGCAAAAAUUGAACAUUCAUCUAUACAACGCAUUGAAAAAAGCGCUCUACAAACCGAGUGCCUUCUUCAAGGGAAUCGUAUUCCCUAUGCUCAUCGACGGAACCUGCACUCAGCGCGAAGCCCAUAUAGUCGCCAGCGUUGUCGCCAAAGUGUCGGUACCAGUCCUCCAUUCUGCAGCCGCCAUUCAUCGACUAUGCGAAAUCGCUGCCGAACAAAUGUCGUCAGACCCUGAUGCCGCAGGCCCAGUCAACAUCUUCAUCAAAACGCUCCUUGAAAAGAAGUACGCUCUUCCUUACAAAGUCAUCGACUCUCUCGUGUUUCACUUUAUUCGAUUCCGUGCCGUAGGUGCGAGCAGUGGCGAUGCUAUGGAAAUAGAAAGAACAGCUGGCGAUUUGGGUGGCACUGGCAAACUGCCUGUUAUCUGGCAUCAGUGUCUGCUCGCGUUUGCGCAACGGUACAGAAACGACAUCACUGAAGACCAGCGUGAAUCUCUGCUAGACUUACUUUUGACACGUGGACACAAGAGCAUCAGUCCCGAGGUUCGGAGGGAGUUAUUGGAAGGGCGAGGGCGAGGUGUGGUUGCUGAACCAGCGCCCGUCGGCAUGGAUGGAGACGAUACCAUGGUCAUGGCAGUUGAUGGAUGAUCGACUUCCCCCCUCCAGUUCUCCUUCCCUUCAUGCUUGGCUCGAAAAGUCACUGCGCGCCUCGUUUUUAUUUUUUUCGCAAUUUUUGUUAGCAUGCUCGAAUAAAAGCAUGGAUGGACUUUUUUGAUGCAUUUGUAGGGCGCUUUCCUUGCUGGCUCUGCAAUGAUUAGGUUGGUUCAGUCUGGCUGGCAAUAGAUACCAAAACAAAACUUUCUCUCGUUCAAGUUCGACGAAGUUCACGAUGUCUGCAAGCAAAGUCGCUUCUACUCUACGGUCUGGUUUGUUGUGCAGCCAGCAACAUGGCUCAAUCACUCGUUUCCGAGCCUUACCCAACGCCUUCCGUCAUUCUAUCCCAAUGCGAAUCACAAACGAUGACUCGGAAUCUAGGGUCACAGCACUGUAGCAUUCAGCUCUACUGUGUAUUUGAUUCUUUUCUUGAUACGUUUCGCUCGAAGCUCUCGCU